GUACAUUUUUAAAUUUUGAAUCUAAGAGAAAAUUCUGACUUUUGUUACUACAAACAAAACAAUUUUUAAAUCUAUAAAUCUACUGAUGAACCUUAGCUUUUGUUUCACUCUUUCUAGUUUCUUUAGUUAGAACAUCACUUCACUGUCAAAUUCUCUUCAUCUUUUCUUGUUUUUUGCAACUAUGGGAUCUGUAUAAAUUAAAGUUAUCUUUUUAUGUAUAUAUAUAAAGUAUAUACUUAUGUUUGAAUCCUUUGACUAGUUGGUGUGUUUAUUUGUGAAAAUUUCUGCUAAACAAAACAAUUUUUAAGUCUACUAAUGAAUCUUGGUUUUUGUUUCACUCUUUCUAUUUUCUCUUAGCUAGAACAUCACUUCACUGUCAAAUUCUCUCUUCAGCUGCCAAGAUUUUGAUUUGGGGUCAAAAAAAGAUUGUAUCUUUUGUUACUUUUCUUGUUUUUUUGGCAGUUCUGGGGAUGUUUCAGAUUUUUGUUUGAGUUUCAAAUGAGGAAGCACAACACAGCUUUAACAAGAUUUGGUAGAAAGGUAAAAGGUUCAUACCAAUCUUAUGGUCUUGGUGUUAAGUUAGCUGCAGUUGUAAUCUUGGGUCUUUGUUUUGUAUUCAUUUGGUCUGUAUUUUCACCACCUUCAUAUUCAGUAGCUUAUCAAAGGGACACUUUUGAUGAUAUUAGAGAACCUAUUUCAUCUGCUAAUAAGAAAAAAGUUACAUCUUUAGUUCCUUCAACCAAGAAAGAACAACCCCAUAACAAGAAACUGAGACAUAGAUCAAGUUCAGUUGAGAAAAAGAAGAGUGUUGAUAGGUCAAAAUCUGGUAGUUGGCAUAAAAAUGAGAAAAGUGGAGGUGUUAGGAAGAGAAAAGGUGAGGAUCUGAAGUUACCCAAGAAGGUUGAUGAGAUAAAGAAUCAAGAUUUGGUAGGCUCUGAGGAAAAUGAGGAAGAGAAAAUGGAAAAUGAUAAACAACAAGAAGAGAAAAAAGUAGUUGAAAAUGAUAGUAAACAAGAAGAAGGAGGAGUGGAUGGUAAAGAGAAUGAGAAAGAAAAAACAGAAAAUGGAGAAGAAGGAGUGGAGGGUAAAGAGAAUGAGAAAGAGGAAACAGAAAGCGACAAAGAAGAAGGAGGAGAAGGAACAGUAGAUGGUAAUGAAGGUAAUGGUGAAUUAGCUAAUACUGAUGAUUUGAAAGUGGAGGAUGAGGAUGAGAAAUCUAGAGUUGAUGGGAAAAAGAAGAAGAAUUUAGGACCAUUAUUUGAUCCAAAUGCACAUUAUACUUGGAAUUUGUGUAGCACUAGAAGCAAGCACAAUUACAUUCCUUGCAUUGACUUUGAAAGUGCAAGUGGAAAGUUGCAGAAUUAUCGGCAUCACGAAAGGAGUUGUCCUAGAGCACCUCAAAUGUGUCUUGUUCCCCUUCCUCCCGAUGGUUAUGAGACUCCAGUAAGCUGGCCUGAGAGUAAGUCAAAGAUACUUUAUAAAAAUGUGGCACACCCGAAACUAGAGGCAUUUGUUAAGAAAGGGAGCUGGAUAAUGGAGUCUGGAGAAUAUCUCACUUUUCCAACGAAUCAAUCUAUACCCAAAGGUGGAAUUCAACACUACCUAGAUUUCAUAGAAGAGAUGGCACCAGACAUUGAAUGGGGGAAGAAUAUCCGUGUUGUGCUGGAUAUUGGAUGUAAAGAUUCAAGCUUUGGGGCUUCUCUACUCGAAAAAGAUGUGUUAGCACUUACUCUAGGCUUAAAAGAUGACCUUGUUGAUCUAGCACAAGUUGCACUUGAGCGUGGUUUUCCUGCAGUAGUUACCCCAUUUGGAACUCGGAGGUUUUCCUUUCCUAGUGGCGUAUUUGAUGCUAUUCACUGUAGCGAUUGCCGUGCAUCUUGGCAUUCUAACGGGGGAAAGCAUCUUAUAGAGAUGAACAGAAUUCUGAGGCCUGGAGGUUAUUUUAUUUUGUCGUCAAAGCACAAUACCAUUGAAGUUGAAGAAGCUAUGUCCACUCUGACAGCAUCAAUUUGUUGGAACAUCCUCGCUGAUAAAACAGAUGAAAUCAGUGAUAUCAGGAUCAAGUUAUUCCAAAAGCCACAAGCAAAUGACAUGUAUCAAAUGAGAAGGAAAAAAGUUCCACCUCUAUGCAAAGAAAACGAGAACCCAGAUGCUUCCUGGUAUGUGCCAAUUAAGUCUUGCUUGUACACAAUUCCUGAAUCCAUAGAACAACGAGGAACCGAAUGGCCUGAGGAGUGGCCAAAGAGACUUGAAACUUUUCCUGACUGGAUGAACAAUAGAGAGAAAUUGAUCGCGGACAGUGAGCAUUGGAAAGCUAUUGUUGACAAUUCUUAUCUGGUUGGCUUAGGUAUUGAUUGGUCCAAAAUUCGGAAUGUAAUGGAUAUGAAAGCCAUCAAUGGAGGAUUUGCAGCAGCUCUUGCGCAGAAGAAGGUGUGGGUGAUGAAUGUUAUUCCUGUACAUGCACCAAACACCCUUCCCGUAAUCUUUGAACGAGGACUUAUUGGCAUGUACCACGAUUGGUGCGAGGCUUUUGGUACUUAUCCACGAUCAUACGACCUUCUUCAUGCAGAUCAUCUCUUCUCAAGGCUUAAGAACAGAUGCAAGCAUCCUAUUGUGAUUGUAGUUGAGAUGGACCGUAUAUUACGGCCUGGUGGCUGGGGAAUUAUACGUGACAAAGUCGAAAUACUUGAUCCACUUGGGAAAAUACUGAGAAGCUUGCACUGGGAGAUACGAAUGACUUUCACGAAAGAUAAGGAAGGCAUUCUCUGUGCACAAAAGACAAUGUGGAGACCAACUGAAGAUCAAAGCUCACCAACGUUGUAUCAAACAAAUCCUAAAAUACCCAAAAUGCCCCUAUCCCUCUCUUCUUACCCCACGCGCCUCACCAUCCUCACGCUCCUCUCCGCCACCACUCUGUACUUCUUCUACAAAUCCCGCCGCCGUCUCAAAUCCUUAAACCCUAAUAAUCCCCAAACCCCAAAAGGCAAAAUCUUUUAUAUAUCCCAAACUGGUACUUCUAAAACCCUAGCGAAGAAUCUUCACAUUUGUUUGAAACUUAACGGGUUUGAAUUUGAUCUUGUUGACCCGAAAGAAUACGAGCCUGAGGAUUUGUGUAAAGAGAGCUUUGUAUUGGUUGUUGCGUCUACAUGGGACGACGGGAAAUCCCCGGAAAAUGGUGGGUUUUUUGUUGAUUGGUUAAAUGAGAGUGUGGAUGAUUUUAGAGUUGGGGGUUUAUUGCUUAGUGAGUGUAAAUUUGGGGUUUUUGGAGUUGGGAGUGGGAGUUAUGGUGACAAGUUUAAUGUUGUGGCACGUGAUUUUUCGAGGAAAUUGAGGAAGCUAGGUGGGGUUGAGGUGUUGGAGUUGUGUGAAGGUGAUGUUGAUGAGGGGAAUUUAGAUGAGGUUUUUGGGGAGUGGAGUGAGAGGGUUGUUGGGGUUUUGAGGGGUGAGAAUGGAGGAGGAGGGUAUAUGGGGAAUGAUGAAGUUGGUGAUGUUAGAGACGAAGAGGAAUACAAUGAUGACGAUGACGAUGAGUUGGAGGAAAAUGACGAGGGCUCAGGAAUUGUUGAUCUUGAGGAUAUUGCGGGUAAAGGGCCAUCGAGAAAGAAAGGAGUCGGAGAUAAUAAGUUAGUUAAUGGGAAGUUGAAUGGUGGAGUUGUGAAUGGAGAGAAGGCGAUGGUAACUCCAGUUAUUAGGGCGAGUUUGGAGAAACAGGGAUAUAAAAUAAUUGGGACGCAUAGCGGUGUGAAACUUUGUAGAUGGACAAAAUCACAACUUAGAGGGCGUGGAGGUUGCUAUAAGCACUCAUUUUACGGCAUUGAGAGUCACAGGUGCAUGGAGGCCACUCCUAGUUUAGCAUGUGCAAACAAAUGUGUUUUUUGUUGGAGACAUCACACAAACCCCGUUGGGAAGAGUUGGACGUGGAAGAUGGAUGAUCCUAUUGAGAUUGUGGACACAGCUAUAGAUUUACAUACCAAAAUGAUAAAGCAGAUGAAAGGCGUUCCAGGUGUUAAAGCUGAGCGUUUGUCUGAGGGUCUUUCUCCCAGGCACUGCGCAUUGUCACUGGUUGGUGAGCCUAUUAUGUAUCCAGAGAUAAAUUCACUUGUAGAUGAGCUACACAAGAGGCGGAUUUCGACUUUUCUUGUAACUAAUGCGCAGUUUCCUGACAAGAUUAGGUUAUUGAAACCAAUCACACAGUUGUAUGUCAGCGUAGAUGCUGGUACAAAGGACAGCUUAAAAGCAGUUGACAGACCACUAUUUGGAGACUUCUGGGAGCGAUUUCUUGAUUCCUUGAAAGCUCUCAAGGAGAAGGAGCAAAGAACUGUCUAUCGUUUGACACUCGUUAAAGGGUGGAAUACAGAAGAGGUGGAUGCAUAUUCUAGCCUAUUCAGCAUCGGGAAGCCUGAUUUCGUUGAAAUAAAAGGUGUCACUUAUUGUGGAUCGUCGGCUACAUCAAAGUUGACAAUGGAGAAUGUCCCUUGGCAUUCUGAUGUGAAGGAAUUCUCCGAGGCCUUGGCUAAAAAGAGCAAUGGAGAGUAUGAGGUUGCUUGUGAGCACGUGCAUUCAUGCUGUGUUCUUCUGGCUAAAGUUGAUAAGUUUAAGAUGAACGGUCAAUGGUUCACGUGGAUAGACUACGAGAAAUUCCACGACCUGGUAGCUUCUGGAAAACCCUUUACUAGUAAGGAUUACAUGACACCUACGCCAUCUUGGGCUGUCUAUGGAGCUGAGGAAGGCGGGUUUGAUCCAGAGCAAUUGCGUUAUAAAAAAGAGCGGCACCACAAAUCAUCUCGUAAGGAAAAUGGGUCCCUGAAAGAGUGAAGCAGUUUUCUUUUCCUCUUGAUGACGACCUACAAUUUUGUUCCAUCGACUUCGAUUUUGCUUUCUACGAGUUGCAUUUCUUCCUGAGAAGGCCAUGUUGACUCUAAGCUUGUGCCCCGACAAGCUAGUUGCAUUGUGAGGAAUAGUAUAGAGAUGCUAAAGAAUAUUAGAAAAUAGAUUUGUUAAAAGCUUCUACCAAUAUUAGUUUGUAGCACAAUCAAACUGAUGAUCUUUGUUCUUCAAUGUUGUCUUAAUUUAUAAACGAGCUUCAAUGAUUUCAUACUAUAACAAGCAUAUACUUUUGAUAA